AUGCCUUUGAUCAACAAUCGCUUUACAGAGUUCCAAGAAUCGUAUAGGAACAAACCUUAUGAACGGCAAAAGGACUCUUUAGAAGUUCAGCUGUCGAGUUUCUUGUGCUCUCUUGUACCCCCGAAGAAAGUUUCUGCUGCAACCGCGGAAGACAUCGUAAAGUUUUUGAUUAGCAAGGAUGCUGCGGGAAAACAGAAACUCCAUGUGCGCUCUUGCUCUAGUAAGACAUGUAGUUGCCCUAAGCGUCUAGCGGCCGGAACUGUCGAUUCAUAUAUAGGGAAACUUAGAGCGAUUUUCAAUAGGUUAGGCCGUACAGGGUUUUCUAACCCGUUGGCACAUCCUUGUGUUAAGAAAUAUCUUAAGUUUGUAAGAGAGGAGCAAGCCCAGCAACCUUUGCCCCCUCGUCAGGCUGUCCCUUUGUUCUAUGACAAAUUCACCCGUUUAAUUGCCUAUCUUCGCGGGCUUAUUGCCGAAGGCUCUGCGCUUUCUCCUCUCAAUAGAUACCUCCUGGUCAGGGAUAUAACAUUCUUUGUUAUUGACUUUUACACUGGUGAUAGAGCAUCCGAUUUGGGCCGUUUGAAGGCAGAUCAGCUUUUUCGCCUUAAGGAUAGGGAGGGGUUCCUUCUCAACUUUACGUUUAGUAAAACGAGGCGUGCAGGUCAGUUUCGCCCUUUUGCUCUGUUACGUAUUCCAAAUGUACCUGUCUGCCCGGUUUUUUGGUUGAACUAUUAUAUUGCCGCGUGUGGGUCAUUAGGUGUCCCUCUUCAUGGUGAGUACCUCUUUAGGUCUUCGGAGCAUAAAAAGUUUGUGUCACAUCGUCCGUUCGGAGGGUCAGCCGUAUCUGCACGGCUCCAAAAGUAUCUUAAGGCUGCCCACAUUAAUGACGGAGAGACCCCUCACAGCUUUCGUGUAGGAAUUUCAUACACCCUCAAGGGUUUGGGAUGUACUCCGGAGCAGAUUGCUCAGUACGUGGGUUGGCGGAGCACAGAAAUGGCUUUGUAUUACACGCGCCGCUCCAGUGCUUCCGCUUCGUUGCAGUUGUUAGAACGGGUUACGCUCAAUCUUACUUCUACGAGCUCUCCGCCCGCCCUGCAACUUUCCCACCAAGGAAAUUUGCAGAGAAUUUCGUAUAGUUGA